UCUAAUCUAUUUAUAUGCAUCAUCGACGAGAGCUCAUAUCGAUAGGGCAUUCUAGCAAAACUCAACUCCUCCAUUAAAGUCUUCACUCUUGAAAAUCACAUACUCCUCAAAGACAACUUAUAACUUGAUUAUACAUUCUAAUAUGGUCGUGUCAACUCCAACUCCGCUACUACGGCGUGCUAACAAGAAAACCUCGGCUUUAGGAGUUCCCACAAUUGACUUGUCCGAUGACAAGUCCAAUGUGUCUGAACUGAUAGUGAAAGCAUGCGAAGAUUAUGGUUUCUUCAAAGUAGUAAACCAUGGUGUUCCAAAGAAGGUUAUUGCGAGAAUGGAGAGGGAAGCUGUGGACUUCUUUUCACGUCCAGUUUCGCAGAAGCAACGCGCUGGACCUGCGACUCCUUUUGGGUAUGGUUGCAAGAACAUUGGAUUCAAUGGGGACAAGGGUGAUCUUGAAUAUAUUCUUUUGGAAGCCAAUCCUGUUUCUCUUUCUCAACGAGCCAAAACCCUCUCUAAUGACCCUUCUACUUUCAGCUGCGUCACAAAUGAUUACAUAAGUGCAGUUAGGAAGCUGGCUUGCGACAUUCUUGAAUUGGUGGCUGAAGGUUUACGGAUGGAAGACAAGUCUAUGUUUAGCAAGCUCAUAAGUGAUUCACAGAACGACUCUUGCUUCAGGGUCAAUCACUAUCCCCCAUUUAAUGCACCUAAUCAUAGUCAUCAUCAUAAAGAAUUUAACAAUCAUUGGGACCCAUCAUCAGUGGAAGAAGAAGAACGACUCCACAUAUCUCCUCUCCCUACUGUUGGAUCAAAAUCAAGAGUUGGAUUUGGAGAGCAUACUGACCCUCAAAUAUUAACUAUACUUCGAUCAAAUGACGUUAGUGGCCUCCAAAUCUGUUCUCAUGACGGAUUUUGGAUCCCUGUUCCUCCAGACCCCAAUGAGUUCUUUGUUUUUGUGGGGGACUCCUUUCAGGCUUUGACGAAUGGAAGAUUCACAAGCGUGAGGCAUAGGGUGCUGGCGAUGAAUUCAUGGAAGACCAGAAUGUCCAUGAUGUACUUUGCGGCUCCUGCACUUAACGCUUGGAUAAAUGCUCCUCCUCAAAUCAACAAUAUUCUUUUGACUCAUAAUAUCUACAGGCCUUUCACAUGGGGCGAGUUUAAACAGACUGUAUAUUCCUUGCGUCUGGCUGAUAGUCGUCUUGACCAUUUCAAAAAUCACACCCAAUAGAUGAUACCUCAUUAACUUUAUUUGCUCUCCAGGAGAGUACCUUUGCUCGCUCGUACUCUAAUGUGAGGAAAAAUCUUUUGGAGGCCUAGGAGGUAUAAAAUUAAUUCCAUAUGCGUAGUUAGGUGUAUUGAUAGUGUAAAUUUGUUGUUUACAUUUUCAGUAUAUAGAAGCUAAGUUAGCUCUUUAUAAUCUUGUACCAAUCGGCUGUCCGCUAUAUUAUGAUGAAUGAUGGCAAUUCUUUUUUGGAA